UUCAGCCAGUCUCAGCAUCACAGCUCUAGGCAGAGCCAGCAGAGCCAUUUUGGCUUCUACAUUACAGAACACUCAAAGAUCUCUCCUCCAAGAAGCAGGCCUUAGCGGGCAUCCGGCUACACGACAUCCCUCUGUGGAGCAAAUAAAGGAUCUUCUGUUUAACCAAGGGAAACCCAGACUGUUUUCUCCAUAUCAGAGGAAGAGCAGAAAAAGGAAAAUUUGAGAAGGCAGCGGUGGGAGCUGAUUCUGUAGAGUCAAUAGCUGAGAGCUGCAUCAGAGGAUCACCAUUGUAGAGGUGAGCAGUGACCUGAACGUUUAAAGGAGGGCUCUGAACACACAGACGGAGGCACCAUGGCAGGGGCCUCGGUGAAGGUGGCGGUGAGAGUUCGUCCCUUUAACUCUCGGGAGAUCGGUAAAGAGUCUAAAUGCAUCAUCCAGAUGUCCGGAAACACAACCACCAUCAUCAACCCCAAAGCACCCAAAGAAAACAAAAGCUUCAAUUUUGAUUACUCCUACUGGUCACACACUUCGCCUGAAGAUAUCAACUAUGCGUCCCAGCAGCAAGUCUACAGAGACAUCGGAGAGGAGAUGUUGCUCCAUGCAUUUGAAGGCUACAAUGUCUGUAUUUUUGCAUACGGUCAAACUGGGGCCGGUAAAUCCUAUACCAUGAUGGGCAAACAGGAGAAGGACCAGCAGGGGAUCAUUCCACUGCUGUGUGAAGACCUUUUCACUAAGAUAAAUGAGAACAAUGACAACAACAUGUCCUAUUCUGUGGAGGUUAGUUAUAUGGAGAUCUACUGUGAGAGGGUACGGGAUCUUCUAAACCCUAAAAACAAAGGAAACCUACGUGUGCGAGAACAUCCGUUGCUAGGCCCAUAUGUAGAAGAUCUGUCCAAACUUGCCGUCAUGUCAUAUAAUGACAUCCAAGACCUGAUGGACUCCGGGAAUAAGGCUAGGACAGUAGCAGCCACAAACAUGAAUGAGACCAGCAGUCGUUCACACGCUGUCUUUAACAUCAUCUUCACCCAGAGGCGGCACGACUCGGAGACAGACAACACUUCAGAAAAGGUCAGCAAAAUCAGUCUGGUGGAUUUAGCGGGCAGUGAGAGAGCAGACUCUACUGGAGCCAAAGGCACACGACUCAAGGAAGGGGCAAACAUCAAUAAAUCACUCACCACCCUGGGAAAAGUCAUUUCAGCUCUGGCUGAGGUGGACUCUGGCUCUAACAAGAACAAAAAGAAAAAGAAAGUGGAAAGUUUUAUUCCUUACAGGGAUUCUGUGCUGACCUGGCUACUGAGAGAGAAUCUCGGUGGCAACUCUCGAACCGCAAUGGUGGCUGCUCUCAGUCCAGCCGACAUCAACUAUGAUGAAACCCUCAGUACUCUCAGGUAUGCAGACAGGGCUAAGCAGAUCCGUUGUAAUGCAGUGAUCAAUGAAGAUCCUAAUAACCGUCUGGUGCGUGAGCUUAAAGAUGAAGUGUCCCGUCUGAAAGACCUCCUCUAUGCCCAGGGCCUGGGUGACAUCAUUGAGACGUUUCGAGGGCCAGUUGAAGAUUUUGCUGGUUUGAAAUACAUAUCCGAUUACAAGAACCAUAACAAUAAUGGCCAAGCUCUCAAUCAAAGAGGUGAUUUCUCCACAGUGACCAAUGCUAUGACUGGGAUGAGCCCCUCUCCAUCACUCUCUGCCCUGUCCAGCCGGGCCGGUUCCAUUAGCAGCCUGCACGAUCGCAUCAUGUUCAGCCCCGGGAGCGAAGAAGCCAUUGAGAGACUCAAGGAAACUGAGAAAAUCAUUGCAGAGCUCAAUGAAACAUGGGAGGAGAAGCUUCGCCGUACAGAGGCCAUCAGGAUGGACAGAGAAGCACUUCUGGCGGAGAUGGGUGUUGCCAUGCGUGAGGAUGGAGGAACUCUUGGAGUCUUUUCCCCAAAAAAGACUCCCCACCUAGUGAAUCUCAAUGAAGAUCCCUUGAUGUCUGAAUGUCUUCUAUACUACAUCAAAGAUGGGAUUACCAGGGUGGGCAGAGAAGAUGCCAGUAGUCGGCAGGACAUUGUUCUGAGCGGACACUUCAUUAAGGAGGAACAUUGUACUUUCACCAGCACCACUGGACCAAUGGGAGAAGCUGUCAUUCUUGAGCCAUGUGAGGGAGCAGAAACAUAUGUAAAUGGCAAGAGAGUCACAGAACCCACUGUUCUCAAAUCAGGCAACCGAAUCAUUUUGGGCAAGAGCCACGUGUUCCGCUUCAACCAUCCAGAACAGGCCCGUCAGGAACGUGACCGAACCCCCUGCGCUGAGACCCCAGUGGAGCCGGUAGACUGGGCCUUUGCUCAGAGAGAACUGCUGGAUAAACAGGGCAUUGACAUGAAGCAGGAGAUGGAUCAGAGACUGCAGGAACUUGAAGAUCAGUAUCGCAAGGAGAGAGAAGAGGCCAACAAUCUACUGGAGCAACAGAGACUAGAUUAUGAGAGCAGGUUAGAGGCUCUGCAGAAACAGGUCGAUCGAUGUUAUCCUGACGCAGCAGAGGAAGAUGAAGAGCCUGAGGAGGAAGUGCAAUGGACGGAGAGGGAGACGGAACUGGCAAUGUGGGCUUUCCGCAAAUGGAGAUGUUAUCAGUUUACAUCCCUUCGAGAUCUUCUUUGGGGCAAUGCCAUCUUCCUUAAAGAGGCCAAUGCCAUUAGUGUGGAGCUAAAGAAGAAGGUUCAGUUCCAGUUCGUGUUAUUGACGGACACACUUUACUCUCCUCUUCCGCCUGACCUGUUACCGCCUGAAGCAGCUAAAGACAGAGAGAAAAGCCCAUUUCCACGCACCAUUGUAGCUGUUGAAGUUCAAGAUCAGAAAAACGGAGCCACGCAUUACUGGACCCUGGAAAAGCUCAGGCAGAGACUGGAUCUGAUGAGAGAGAUGUAUGAUCGAGCUGCUGAGGUGCCCAGCAAUGCUGUUGAAGACUGUGACAGUGUGCUGACCGGAGGAGAUCCUUUCUACGACCGCUUUCCCUGGUUUCGUCUGGUUGGAAGAAAUCCCCUUUUCUCCACAUGCCUUAGUGAGCAAGCCAGCGACCCCAACUCCUCCCCCACCCCCUCUGAACCCACCUCCACCUCUGAACUCACCGAGCUCGUCCAGUCAUGGCCAGACAAGAAGGUGGGGACAGAGCUGGAUGACGAUGGUUUCUUAUCAGACGACCCGUGCUCGGAUUUAGAGGAGGAGGGGGAGGAUGAUGAUGAUGAUGAGGUUGAUGAUGACGAAGAGCUCUGCAGAAGCUCCGGCAAAGCUGAGGACCCGUUUUAUGAUCGUUCACCAUUGUUCAGUGUAGUAGGAAGGGCUUUUGUCUAUUUGAGUAAUCUGCUGUAUCCUGUGCCUCUGGUCCAUCGGGUUGCCAUCGUCAAUGAGAAGGGAGAAGUCAAAGGUUUCCUCAGAGUAGCUGUACAGGCAAUAUCAGGUGCUCUGGUUUUUCCUCCAGCCGAUGAAGAGGCACCAGACUAUGGCUCUGGUGUCAGACAGUCAGGCACGGCCAAGAUUUCUUUUGAGGACCAGCAGUUUGAGAAGUUCCAGUCAGAGUCAUGUCAUUCUGGUCUUUCGCGUGCUGCCGUUUCUCAGGAAGAGUUGAGGAUUGUGGAGGGUGAAGGACAAAGUGCAGAGAUGGGACUGUCAGCAGAUGAGGUCAACAAUAAUACAUGUGCAGCUAACCCAGAGGAGCUGGACAGCCCUGUCAAAACAGGUCUUGAUGGGAUGCUGGACGGCGCUCUGGAUCACUUGAGGAUUGGUGAAGUCUUCACAUUCAGAGUUACUGUUCUACAGGCGUCAAGCAUUUCCGCAGAGUACGCAGACAUAUUCUGCCAGUUCAAUUUUAUUCACAGGCACGAUGAAGCAUUUUCCACCGAGCCGUUGAAGAACACUGGACGUGGUCCACCACUUGGCUUCUAUCAUGUGCAGAAUAUUGCAGUGGAAGUGACUAAGUCCUUUAUUGAGUACAUAAAAACUCAGCCAAUCGUGUUUGAAGUCUUUGGACACUACCAGAAGCAGCCUUUCCCUGCGCUCUGCAAGGAUCUCAUUAGCCCAUUGCGUCCAUGCAGACGACAGUUCCCAAGGGUCAUGCCUCUUUCCAAACCAGCCGCAGAUAACGACACCCCUCCAGAUCGGGAGAAGAACCUGGAGCUGAUUCGUUACCUGCUGCCUGAGGUCUUCAAUGGUUCUUUGGUGGACUCGCUGUCAAGCCACGCCCUCAAUGCAGCAGGCGUGGCUGUUUCCUACCUCCUUGAGGGGGAGGAGCAAGCCAGACUGCCAGCUCCGCCCCUGUCUAUCUGUUCUGUAAUAAAAGCGCAGAAGCCGGUCCCUGCUACCAAACUGACAGCCCUCACUCGACCCACAGCAGGACCAUGCCACUGUAAAUAUGACCUGAUGGUCUUCUUUGAGAUCUGCGAGCUGGAGGCUAAUGGAGACUAUAUCCCAGCCGUAGUGGACCACCGAGUAGGCAUGCCUUGCCAUGGCACAUUCAUGUUACAUCAGGGCAUCCAAAGGAGAGUUACAGUCACCAUGGUACAUGAGACAGGAAGAGACAUUGACUGGAAGGAAGUGCGAGAGCUGGUUGUAGGACGUAUCCGGAACACGCCUGAAGCAGAUGAGGCAAUCAUCGACCCCAAUAUUCUCUCUCUGAACAUACUGUCUGCAGGAUACAUUCGACCCGCGCAUGAUGACAGACAGUUUCUUGAUUCGGACAUGCCUAGGACAUUCUACCGGUUUGAGGCUGCUUGGGAUUCAUCCAUGCACAACUCUUUGCUGCUAAACCGUGUGACUCCUUACGGAGAGAAAAUCUACAUGACUCUGUCUGCUUACCUGGAGAUGGAGAACUGCACACAACCCACAGUGAUUACCAAAGACUUAUGCAUGGUGUUCCACUCAAGAGACGCCAAACUUCCAGCAUCUCGCUCCAUCAGAAACCUCUUCAGCAGUGGCACCUUAAGGCCGUCUGAAGGAAACCGUGUAACCGGUGUGUAUGAGCUCAGUUUAUGCCACCUGGCUGAUGCAGGGAGCCCAGGAAUGCAAAGGCGGCGCAGGAGGGUGCUGGACACGUCGGUGGCUUAUGUGCGAGGGGAGGAGAACCUGGCUGGCUGGCGGCCCCGCAGUGACAGCCUCAUCCUGGACCAUCAGUGGGAGCUGGAGAAAUUGAGCCUCCUGCAGGAGGUGGAGAAAACCAGACACUACCUCCUCCUUAGGGAGAAGCUGGAGUCCACCCUGCUGCUGGGCCAGGAGUCGCUGCUGUCCUGCGGGAGUGAGGAUCUAACCGAGUCCUCUUCCCCCUCCACUCACCUCGGCCUGGGCCACAACCCCGGCCCCGGCCCCGACACACCCAAUGAGAGGCAGAGGGAGCUGGCUGCUAAGUGUCUGCGUUUGCUUAACCACACAUUUAACAGGGACUACAGCCAUGUGUGUGUUAGCGCCAGUGAGAGCAAGUUGAGUGAGAUGUCAGUGACUCUCCUGAAAGACUCUGCUUCAGUGUGUGCCGAAAGCACCCUCACACCCUCCUCCACAUGUCCUUCACUUGUGGAGAGUCGAUACAUUCACAACACUGAUCUCAGACCCCCAACACCCCGAUCUCGUGCUGUGAGCCCUAAUCCUGACUCUGAAACAGAUGGUAAGAAGAUUCAAGAGCCCAGAUCAAGAACCCGCACUUUUGUGCCAGACAUUCAGGAAAUCCGUGUCAGCCCAAUUGUGUCAAAGAAAGGCUAUUUGCACUUUCUGGAGCCCCACAGUAAUGGCUGGGUUAAGAGAUAUGUGGUGGUUCGUCGGCCUUAUGUCUACAUCUACAACUCAGACAGAGACACAGUGGAAAGGGCCAUUCUUAACCUGUCCUCAGCGCAAGUGGAGUAUAGCGAAGACCAGCAGGCCAUGCUAAAGACCCCCUACACAUUUGCGGUAUGCACAGAGCAUCGUGGGAUACUCCUUCAAGCCAGUAAUGACAAGGAGAUGCAUGACUGGCUGUAUGCCUUUAACCCUCUGCUUGCUGGAUCUAUCAGGUCUAAACUGUCCAGAAGGAGAGCUGGGCAGAUGAGGUUUUAAGCCCACCACAUGUGUACUCAAUGUACAACUCUUCAAGGACAAAAACAAACACAAAGGACUAAACUUGUAAAUAGAGCUACAGUACUGACAGAUUCACAAGUUUCUGUGCUUAAUCAGCUCUCUGACCCUCUGUUUCCUUCAUGUGUGUACCUGCACCUGUCCACACUCACGUCACCUGUGCACCUGUACAUUUAAAGCCCUUUGUUGUGCAUCUGCAGUGGCCUAAAUAUUCAACUUAUAGCGCCAACGGAACAGGCUAGAUACUUCAUUGGGUUAGAUAGUUUGCUUACGUAGUCUUCAACAUUUAAGAAAGUUGGUGAUGGGAACUCCUCAUGCAAAACAAGCAUCCAAAUUGUUUCUGUGAAGAGUGAAAUGCAUAUCUUGAGUUUGGUGGAUCACACGGCCUUAUUGUGUUACUUCUGACCUGUCAGUCUAUGGGUUUAAACUGGUCAGAAUUUAAGUCAGCAGACUAUAUGUUUAUUCAUCUCUUGGCUAUGGAAGAUGGAAUGGAUCAACGAUAAGCAGUUCAUAGCAAAAGGAGCAAAUGAAUCACGUCAUAUUACGCUCUUACUCUCUUUAAGUGCAGUUCUUGGCCACAGUACAGCCCGUCAUAAAUACCAAUAUACCUUUAUAAUGUUUCCAUUGUAUGGCCUUGAAAGCGUAUAAAGUUUUCAAAAUAAUCAGGACGCAUGAGGAGAAAAUUGGCAACAGACGAUGGUUGCACUCUCAUAUCUCUGAACGAGAACCAUUAAAAAGAUUUGGCCUAUUUUUGUUGGAGUACUGGUCAGUAGAUUUAUCUCAAAUGUAUCAUAAUCCAGUCUAAUAUUUUAUAUAAAAAGUAUCGGUAUCCCCAAAUGAUCUUAUAUCUGUCUAAUUUAUUUUUAAGAUUUCUGUUAAAGUCUUAUCUAGCUAGCUAUUUAUUUAACGUGUUUUUAUUUAUUUUAGCAUCUAUUUAUUGAAAAAGACUGUAAUAUUUUUGAAGAAGUACAGUGCAAUUUCUGCAUAUGGCACUUUUUUUUUAAUCUUGAGUUGAAUGACCUCCAUUUUACUGACUGCACUGCUCUCAUUCCCCCCGACAUGAUGAAAUGCAUUUGGGGAUCAGGUUAGAAGUGAAUGCUGGGAUAGCUGCUAUUACAAGUAGAUUACUUGAAUUUCACUUUUUAGUUAAAAAAGUCGUUCAUUAUUAUUAUUAUUGUUUCAUUUUAAAAAAAUCAUCAUUAUUGCCCAGGAUCCUAAAAGAGUGCUUUGUAUGGUGGUCAGUCUUGAAAGAUGAAAAGUUUAGCAGUUGAUCAGGUCAUACGUGCACAACUGAUGGAAUUUUCAAAGUGCAUCCCAGAGAGUGAUGAGAUAUGAUUUUGUGCCUCUUGCAUCAUUUUUUUCAAUGUACAUCAUCUUACUGUAUUUCCUGUUUGCUUCUUUAACAGGAUGAAUGUCUACUUUCAGGCUCACUCAUCAUUACCAUUGUUUCUCUAUGUGUGCAACCAUACAGUACCUGUCCACGGGCAACAGCAGGUUUUCAGUUACUUUAAUUUGCAUAUUAAGUUGGCAUAGUCUACUGUACAUUCCCUACGUAUAGGAUUUCUAAGAAUAUCUAGAUAGUGUAAAUAUUGUUUUGCUCAAGUUCUUUAAAAUGAACAAAAACAAGUGUAUUUAUUUAACCAAAAACAUUUUUUUCAGCAUCAUACUGUAAACUCAAGAAAUAAGCCCUACUUUCUUAGUAAUGUAUUGAAGAUCUGUUUUGACUUUUUGUUUUUGUUGGAAAAUGAUAAAUCCAUUUUGUUUAGAAAUUCUUGUAAUCCGUUGCAGUGUAGACUGACUGAAAUGCAGACUUUCAGCUACAAUCACUCUGAGACUGUUGCAAAUUGCGUUUUGGUCCCUGAUUCAUGCACAAAUGGUCACAUAUCAUAAUUUUAUACUGAAUAGGACAGAGAACGUUUUGCUGAACGAAACACCAGUCUGAAUGAGGAGUGUUUUCAUUCUUAACCACCAUUUUAAUACUUAAACACACUACUAUAAAUGCAGCCUACAUUGGAAUGAGAACAUUCCUUAUCGAGACUAGUGUUUUUACUUUUAUUCAUACUUUACUGUUUUGCUAGCGUUCAUGUCCUUAGCCUACAGGUUGCGUGAUGGUCACAUGUGGUGCUUGACGAAUCAGAGAGCAAUACACAAUAGUCCAGAAGAUCAGUCAGAGUGCAAAUGUGGAUAGCUGCAACUCCAUUUUUUGCAGUUUGAGUUUCGGUAGACCUGUACUGAAAUGGACCAUCAGCAUUUUCAAAGUAAAACAUGCUCUUUUUACAUAUCAAAAUGCCUUGUUUUUCAUAGGCCAACGUUUCCAGAGUACAGUGGAUGCCAGACAAAAUAAGACAGAUAUAUGAAAAGACGUGUGUAAACGAAGUGUAAACAGCAUCUCAGGUCUGACUGUGUUCUGAUUAGGUGAUGUUUACACUAAUGUGUUUUUGUUUUGUUAUAGUACGUCUGGUUCCCACACUACUCUGACCUUUUUCACCUCUGAAAACUGAGCAUUUUAAAAAUACUGAAGAUCUGUUUUAGUUGUAGAAAUGCUGGCAUUCUGUUUCAGUGUAUACCGACCAAAAUGCAGCCUUUUGAAAUGGAGGCAAGGCUAUAACUGCUCACUGUUCACUAGUCUUUCAGACCAUUGCAUAUUGUUCCCUGUAUCAUUAAGCCCUUCUCAUAUGACCGUUAUUCAACCGGUAGACUGUAAGUAUAGAUGUCGGCAAACAGUCAGUGUGUAAAGUCACUAAUCAUGUGUUUGGCUGUACAGUGUGGACAGAGAUCAGAUUUUUAGAAACACAAUAAAAAACACUUUUCUGGACACCACUUUAAAACAAAAAUGCACUAGUGUAAAUGCCGCCUCAAUCUCAAUUGAUUUAUCUUGCGCACAACUAUCCUGGAGUUUACCUGAGAAAUAUUUUUGCAUGUUCAGAGCACAGAUCAGAUGUUCAUCUGAGGUUCCUGCAGAGCUGGAUCUGGCAGCUUCAUGGGAAUGACUGAGGUCAACCAACCUACAGUUCAUACUCAAUACUGCAAGAAAACACCUCUGCUAAAACACUGAUCUGUCUGUGAAUAGAUUCCAGAGAUUUAAACUUCUUAUUCCAAAAAUUCAGUUAUUACUAUUGUCAUUUCUGUAUCUUUGAGUGGACAAAAUAAGCAUAUCUUCAGUUUUUCACUGAUAUGUCAAGUCAUUUCACUUUACAUUUAUGACCAGUUUAAAAUAAAUACAAGCAAUGCCACUACUUUUAGAAACAUACAUACCUUAAUAAUAAUAAGUUUGUAUGUGUGUGACAAAAUUACUUUUUAAAAUUAAUUUCAGUUAAAGUGCUUACUAGAUUGUUUUCAUUUUUGUCUCUACAGAAAGUAGGACAGAGAGCUAGAAGUAUAGCAUAUCCUGUAAUGUUUCUACAAGCUUUUUCAUAAAACACCCAUUCCAUUAUCAUUGAAUUAAUUUACCACAAGUAAAAUAAUUCAAUUGUUCUCAUAAUUUACACCAAAUAUUUGUGUGCUUCCGUUCUGCUUUAAUGCACAUUAUGACUCCAUUCAUAUGAUUUUUUUCUUCUCUGUUGUUCUCUCUGAGUUUUACUUGCCUUGUAUAUAAACAUGAUUGCUGUGAAUGGUGUAUAAUGCAGUUGUAAUUGGUUUGUACCAUCUUCAGUGGGCAGUAGUUCAAUGUCUCUUUCUGAGUGUUGGAGUUAUGAGUCAUGUUUGUGUACACUUAACACAUUGUCAGAUAUGAAAUAAAUGUGGAACUUAUGCAACACUA